UUUCCCUUCCACCCCCAACUCCCCCUUUCUUCUCGAUCUCGCUGCUAAAGCAACGAAAUGGAAUCAGAGACGGACAACCUCAAGGCCACCGAGCUCAGGCUUGGCCUCCCCGGUAGCGGCGCCUCCGACGUCGCACCGCCAGCGUCUUCGAGGCCGUCCAAGCGCUCCCUCAACGACCCCAGCCAAGCCCAGAAGGCGCAGCUGGUCGGCUGGCCGCCAGUUCGGUCCUACCGGAAGAAGGCAAUGAAGGCCGAGGCCGAGGCCGGGCUGCUCGUCAAGGUCAGCAUGGACGGCGCUCCCUAUUUGAGAAAGAUCGACUUGACGGCGUUCAAGGGCUACAAGGAGCUGAGCAAGGCCUUGGAGGACAUGUUCAAGGCCUUCGAGGUGUACAAAGGCGCAAACUACGCCAUCACCUACGAAGACAAAGAUGGCGACUUGAUGCUCGCCGGAGAUGUUCCUUGGGAGAUGUUCACAUCUUCUUGCAAGAAGUUGAGGAUCAUAAGAGGAGGAUGUGAGUCCACCAAUUAGAAGUGAUAUCUUGUGAUUAUAUAUAUAAUUUCAGUGCAUGCAAUUUGUACAAACAAGUUUUUGAGCAAUAUAAUAUAUAUUUCUCUUCCAAA